CCCGUGGAGGGGGUCGGCCCGGGCUUCGGGAAGGCGCUGAGAGGCCGAGUCCGGGAGCGGGGCGAGGCAGGCGGUCUGGCCUCCGGCCCGGGGCGCGUGAGUCACUGGUGCUCCUCCUUUCCGCCCGCGCGCCCUCGGGAGGGGCGGCCGCCCUCGGGCCGGGGCCGGGGGUCGCGGUGCCCCGGGAAGUGGGCCGAAAAGCGAGACGCAGCAGUGGCGGCUAAAGGGCCGGCUGCAAGCGUGGCCUCGUCCGCUGGAGUUGGGCCCUUGAGGUGGCUUGCCGGAACCGGAGAGGAGGAGGCCUGGGGGCUGGGGAACGCUUUCCCACUCAAGUGAAAAAUAUUCUCUGACCUGAAUCCUUGAUGUCUUGAUGGUCGAAAGAUUAAGUAGGAAGGUGCUGAUACUGAGACAGACGAAGUAGCAGGACUCUUCAAGGAGAAGAGAAGUUUGUGCUAAAAAGCUCAAGUUAAAUUUGAGCCUUCUAAUUUGGUCUUGGGAAUUGAGUUCACAGUUGGAGGAAAGAGGCCCUAAACUUACUGAGGUAAUCUAAGGAGUAAAGAAAACAGAAACCAUGAGUGGAGGAUCUCAAGUUCACAUUUUUUUGGGUGCUCCAGUUGGUCCACUAAAAAUGACAGUAUCACAGGACACAACUUCUUUAAUGUCCACUGCUGACCCCUGGAAAAAAAUUCAUCUUUUGUGCGGUCAACGUUCUUUACGUCUGAGCGUUGAAAAACAUAAGCACAAAAAUCUUGAAGACCGUGAAGUCCAAGAAUCUAUUGGCCCUCCAGAUCUUCUAAGUGGUCAUUUUCUAGUGAACUCUAUGAGUAGAUCUGUUCUUAUGAAAGAUGACUUUAUAUGUUGUGUUACUGAAACACAGAAUAUAAAAUCACAGAAGAUUCACCCCUCAGGGCUCAGUGAUGUGACUAAUUCUAAUGUGGAAAUAUGUGGAUUUAAGGGCAGAGUCUAUCAUUUAACUGAAGAAGAAAAGUAUCAAAAGCUUCAACAUGAAAAUAAAAAAUUUACAGAAGAGCAGCCUGAAAAUAAGUCGAAUACAUGUGGUCAAAACUUUCAAACAGAUUCCUUUUGGUUAGAUCCCAAGUGUGCAGCUGUAUUGGAUUUGGUCUGUAGUACUGAACAAAUUAAUAUAGGGCCAGAAUCUGUAGGAACAAAAUGUGUGCCAACAGAACAUCACGAAAUACAAAACCAACGUCCGGAAUUCUUUUCUAACACAGUAGAUAAGCCAAGGUCUGAAGGAGCAGUUAGGAAGGUCCCAAACCUUAAAAUAUCUACUGAUACUGAAUUUCUCAGUAUAAUGACUGCCAGCCAGGUUGCUUUUUUAGCUCAAAUGAAGGAUAAAGGGCAGAAUUCUAUAAAUAAAGGGACCAUAAACAUGGAGAUUGAACCAAAGGCAAGUCAUGGGGAAAUAAAAACUGAAAAAAACUCAGUUCAGCCUAAGGGUGACUUUGCAGAAGUAUGCGAAAGUGGACAGAACGAAGCAUAUUCCGUGGAACUUUUCAGUUCUGUUUGUCCUGAAGCAAAAAGUAGCCACAGUCACAUAAACUCUGAUAAAUGUCUGGAAGAAAAUAUAGAAUCUCAAGAACUUUUCAGCUCUGAAGAUAAACUACCACCAAACGAGAUACAUAUUGAGUUGUGUAGCUCAGGAAUACUGUGUUCCCAACUAAAUACCUUUCACAAAAGUGCUGUGAAAAGAAGUUGGACCUCUGAAGAGGAACCAGGCCAUUUUAAAACUCUAUGUAAAGUCCCCCACGUAUCUAAGAAAAUGAAGCUGAUUUCUAAUGUAAGAGAUUCUGCCGUAGCAUUGGACCGGAGGAAUGUGUCUGAAUUUAAGGGUAUUAAAAAAACAUCAUUAAUAAAAAAUUGUGAUUCUAAAAGUCAGAAGUAUAAUUGUUUAGUUCUGGUGCUAUCUCCAUGUCAUGUGAAAGAAAUAAACAUAAAAUCUGGACCAAAUUCUGGCUCUAAAGUGCCCUUAGCAACAAUUGUAGUAAUUGACCAAUCAGAAAUUAAGAAGAAGGUUUUCCUGUGGAGGACUGCGGCGUUUUGGGCACUUACAGUGUUUCUCGGAGAUAUACUUUUACUCACAGAUGUUACUAUCCGUGAGGAUCAGUGGGUUGGUGAGACAAUACUGCAAUCAACAUUUACCAGUCAGCUAUUAAAUCUUGGGAGUUAUUCAUCUGUCCAGCCUGAAGAAUAUUCCAGUAUAGUUAGUGAUGUUUUACUUCAAGACUUAUUGGCAUAUGUGUCUUCAAAACAUUCCUAUCUCAGAGAGCUUCCUCAGAGGCAGCCUCAGAAAGUGAACAGCGUAGAGUUUGUACAAUUGGAGCAGCUUCAGCCUGACAUAUUAGUCCAUGUGGUACUAAGAGUUGUUGAUAUCACCGUACUGACAGAGGCAUUAUACAGUUAUAGGGGACAGAAGCAAAGGAAAGUUAUUUUAACAGUGGAACAGACCCAAGGUCAACAUUAUGUGCUUGUUUUAUGGGGUCUUGGAGCAACCUGGUACCCUCAACUUCAAAAGAAAAAAGGUUAUAUUUGGGAAUUUAAAUAUCUUUUUGUUCAGCGCAAUUGCAUACUAGAAAACCUGGAAUUGCAUACAACGCCUUGGUCAUCCUGUGAGUGUCUAUUUGAUGAUGAUAUAAGAGCAAUUACAUUUAAAACAAAAUUUCAAGAAAGUGCACCCUCCUUUGUGAAGAUGUCAGACUUAGCAACCCAUCUAGAGGAUAAGUGUUCAGGAGUGGUUCUAGUUAAAGCCCAGAUUUUAGAGCUGGUAUUUCCUGUUACAGCAGCUCAGAAGAUAGCUCUAAAUGCUCACAGUUCUCUGAAGAGUAUUUUUUCUUCUCUUCCCAACAUUAUAUAUACUGGCUGUGCAAAGUGUGGAUUGGAACUAGAAACAGAUGAGAACAAGAUCUACAAACAAUGUUUUAGCUGCUUGCCGUUUACUACGAAGAAAAUAUACUAUAGGCCAGCUUCAAUGACUGUAGUUGAUGGAAGUCAUACCAUUUGCAUCCAUGUAGGAUCAAAGCUGCUAGAGAAGAUUCUUCUCAACAUUUCUCCGGACUGCCUCAAUAGAGUCAUAGUACCUUCCUCAGAGGUCACCUAUGGGAUGGCUGCAGCAGACAUGCUCCACUCCUUGUUGGCAGCCAGCGGGGAACCUCGGGCAUUGAAGAUUCAGAGCCUUUUCGUAUUAGAUGAAAACAGCUACCCCUUGCAACAGGAUUUCUCCUUACUGGAUUUUCAUUUGUUCGUAUAAAGCAUGGCGCCUAUGCCCUUCUCUGAGGCCAGAUGAAGAAACUGCAGGCAAUUAAAGGAAGAAGUACUGAAAUGAUCUGUCUUUUGAAAUAAAUGAAUGACAGGGCUUUUGUUUGGGUUUUUUAAUAAAUAUAUUUUACAAAGAGAA